CACCAGCAGCGGACGCGCGAUAAUGUCGUGGCUGCCGUGGAUGAUGGCUCCGAACUAGAACUCACUGCGCCUUCGCGCCCCCAAGUCCAAGGGCACCAUAAUGAUUCGGUUCUGCUCUAUCACAUUUGCAGCAGCAGCAAGACGGCAACCCUUAGUUGUUUAUAGAGCAUUGAUGGAGCGUAUGACUGGUACUGCCUGAGGUCGCUUGGGCCAGGCAAAAGACUACAGGGAUUGCACUUCAGUGUAUUUGUGUUGGGGCCCUUGGACGGCCAUGUGAGCGUGUUCAUGUGUAGACCUAGUAGCGUUAUACCAGCCCGGCUGACAGGAAGGCAGGGGCGCGAGGCUCUCAAGGGCCGAGGCAUCUGUCAAGUAGCAGAAAUGUAUGCAGCGGCCGACUUGGCUGUUUCAGACCCCCAUUCCUGCAGCAGCAACGCCGCCUGCCAGUGAGAGUUUGUGGGUAACGCAGAAAACUACUGAUACCCGUGAAUUGGGCCGGCGACGGGAAGUAGCGACAUCGGUGGGCGCCCGGUCGUACAGGGUCGCGUGCAUCAAGGACUCCGCCCAGCAGCCCAAACAGCACGCCACAAACUUGCUCUAGCUACGACGACUGCACGCUUAGCUUACGCUCCACACCACUCAUCACCACCACCCACGCUAGACGUUAAGCCUUUCCAUCCGUCCGAAAUCCUCAAGCUACCUGCAACCCACUCGCGAGCUCCAGCGUCAUUUGGCAAUAAGUUCAACCAAGCCGAGCGAUAUCCUCGAGCGGCAGGGCUGGCGUUCCUUGCAGGUUGAGCACAAAGCUUUAGGCCUCAACCGUUUCAUCAUACAUCGUUCGUCUCUUACUUUGGUGUUGAGGACCUCGCCAACGACGGCCCGCUCUCAGACUCGGCUCUCCGGGCGAUAGCCUCCGCCCGCUCCUCCCCUCUCGACCGAUAAUGGAGCUGCCUGGAUACUAUAGCAGCGGCAAGGGGGAGCUCGCAUAUGAUUCAUAUGAGAAACAUGACAAGCAAGGAUUCCUGAAGGGCUUGCUGGGCGGCAAGGACGAUGGCAAGAAGGCCUCUCCCAAGGCCUCGCCAGCGCCUGCCUCCCCCUCUGUACCCAAGAAGUUUAUGGACAUGAUCAGCCCGCUCCUGCUUGGCUCCUCCAACAGCAGCAGCGCCGCCAACAGCCCCGCCAACGCCAAGGCGGCGCAGGCGGCGCCGUCCGCCUCGGCCUUUUCCAAGGCCGCGGCGGCGCUGCAGCACGCUGCCGCCGACGGCUGCCCGGCGACCAUGACUGAUGCCCAGAACAUGGACCGCGCGAUGUCGUACAACAGCGGCCUGACGGAGUAUGUGAACAAGAUGAAGAUUGACAGCGAGGCCGGCGCCAACGGCCAAGUCGCCGCCGCCGCCGGCAAGCGCAGCAAGCUGAGCAAUGAGAGCACUCUGAGCAGCAGCAGCUCCAUGUCCGCCAUGAGCGUGCAGUCCAGCCGCUCCGCUGGUGCGCCAGUGGCGCCCAUGCCGCACCUGACCACCACGCAGCCCGGUGUGGCGCACGUGCACGCGCCGCCCACCAACGUGCAUAUGCACGGUCACGGUCUGGCGCACGGCCACCACGCCUCGCACGCGCACCACCACCACGCGCCCGCGCCCGCGCCCGCCGCCGUUCCCCAGCAGACCCAGCAGCCGCAGCCCGUGGCCGCCGGCCACAAGCCCGGCGCCGCGCUGAACUCGCACGCCUACGCCUCCAACCUGGACCGCCUGCUGGAGGCCGCGCGCCACUGCCAGCUGCCUCAGUCCGGCCGCCCGCUGCAGCCCAUGCCUGCCGACCCGCUGGCCAACCCGCACCACGGCCCCACCAUCCCGCUGGUGGUGUCUCCCAACCUGCCGCCGCGCAUGCAGCGGCCGCAGUGGCGCCUCACGGACUACCAGCUGGGCGACAAGUUGUACACCGGCUACGCCAGCACUGUCUACAAGGCGGUGUGUCGGGCCUCUGGCGAGGUGGUGGUGCUCAAGAUCUACCACCUCAUGUCGGUGUGCGACCUGUACAAGUACCAGAUCUACCGCGAGGUCCGCGUGCACUCGAACCUGUGCCACGAGAACAUCGUGCACCUGUACGCGGCCUUCCAGGAGGGCGACAAGGUGAUCCUGGUGCAGGAGUAUGCCGACGGCUCAGACCUGUUCACGCUGCUGCACAAGUACGGCGGCCGCCUGAGCGAGCGCCUGGCGGUGCAGCUGGUGCUGGAGCCCUUCCUGCGCGUGCUGCAGUACCUGCACUCCCGCGCCAUCAUCCACCGGGACAUCAAGCCCGAGAACAUCCUGUUCAACAAGGCCAUGUGCCUCAAGCUAGGCGACUUCGGCCUGGCCAUCGACCUGCGCGAGGAGCGCGCCGUCACCCGCGCCGGCACGCUGGACUACAUGGCGCCCGAGGUGCUGCGCUGCCCCUUCAAGUCGCGGCCCGAGGAGAACAAGGACAACGAGCGCCUGCACUACUCGGCGCGCGUGGACGCCUGGGCUGUGGGCGUGCUUACCUACGAGCUGCUGGUGGGCUUCCCGCCCUUCUUCGACCAGUCGCGCACCAGCACUGAGGAGCGCAUCAACCACUCGAUGCCCGCCUUCCCCGCCGGCAUGAGCGAGGAGGCCAAGGCCUUCGUGUCGUCCGCGCUGUCCAAGCACGCCGCUGAGCGCCCCACCAUCCUCGAGAUGCUGCAUCACCCCUGGAUCGCCCGCUUCUCCUCGCGCCGCUCCAUGCGCGCCAUGCCUGGCGCCGCCUCGCCGCUCGCCUCGCCCGUGCAGCAGCCCCAGCCGCAGCAGCAGACGCCGCGCCGGCCCGCGCCGCCGCCGGGCGCCACGCCCACCUCGGCCCAGGCCAUGCCCGGCUCGCCCGGCACGCCGCUGCGCCCUCCCGCCCCCGUGCCUGCCGGCGGCUUCCCCACUCUCGGCUCGCUCCUGGCUGCGCCGCAGCUGGACGUGAAGCUGUCUGGCCACAUGGGCCACCACGCCGCGCCCGCCUCGCCGCAGUCGCCACUGGUUAUGAAGAGCAGCAGCGAGAGCACGGAGCUGCUCAACUCGCGCUUCAGCCAGGGCAGCAGCAACGCCAGCAUGCAGAUGUGAAGGGGCGGCGCCCCUGGAGUGCUGCAGCAGCGGCGCUGCCUGACGGCGUCGUCGUGCUCGACGAUGCCGUCGCCGGACGCGUCGGCGCCGCCACCGCUGAUGCAAUCGUCUCGACGCAGUGAUGCCACCGGUGUUGUUGGAAAAGUGGGAGCGGCCUCGGCGGCGGCAGGCUUCUCGUCGGCUGCGGGCGCGCUCCAGGGGUGCGACUCGGUCGCAGCGCCGGCGGGGUGGAGCGGGCCUGCCUCGCCGCCCCGCCGGGAUGUAGGUAUAUUUUCUAAAUCAAGAUCCGUGCAAGGUGACAUGUGCGGCGCAUUUGUUGGGACCGGCCUUUGCGGUGUUGACGGCGGCGGCUGCGCGGAAUUGUUGCGGCUCGCCGCCUCGCUGCCGGCCGAGACCAACAAGGGCAACAAGCCAGCGUCACGCCGGACCUCGAGCGUCAUCGUCAUUCGCCGCCGCCCGGGCACGGCUGCUUCCGAGCCGGCCGCGCCUGUGGGCUGUGUGGUCGACCACCGGGUACUGCAGCCCACCCGCACGUGCUUCACCUCAACCACCACUGGUCUGCUGGGCUGGCUCGGGUUUUCAUGGUUUGCAGAGAGCACGCAGCAGCAGGAGGACUGAGAUCAGGAUGGCAUCGUCUAACACUUCCAAGUGCAGAAGGUAGAGGCAGGCUUCUUAGUUACAAUGCAAAGCAAUAAUUCGUGGUAGGCAUCCUAGAGAGACUCACGGGGCGUAACGCACAUUCGGACUGUGGUUGCGGCGGGUGUGUGCCGGGUGGUGUGCAGAAUAUGUUAGGGCCGGCCGCACCCGUUCGCACAGCUAUAGUUUGUCUGUGUUGUUUCGGUGGUGACUUGUUGUAGCUGGUGGUGGACACACAACAUGACAAUCCCAUUUACUUUGCGUUUUUUGUUUCCGGUUGGGCAGGCGUGCACCCCUACGGGAGGUAGUGGAAUGCGAAGCUUGGCAGAGUGCCCUGCCAUGCGAAUGCUCACUCUCCCAUGCAUUGGCUGUCCGGUUGCGAGUUGACUUGUUAUUUGUGGAGAUGCAUGCGACUGACAUUUAGGCUUACUCUGAUUGAUUCUUGAGGGCAGGUUGAAUGUCGCGAUACGGCGCAGUCACCCCCGGCUGACCACAGAGAUAGAGACGCUCUUUAGUGCCCUGCCCUGGGAUUUGACGUGCGCUCCCGUUCACCUGUCGCGGGAAGCCCCCUAGCACCUGGCAUGGAGGCUGUAAACUUGGGUGGUAGUGUAGCCGUAACAGAGAUAGACUGGAUGUGAGGCGCUGGGUACCGGCUUCUUCGUGUUAGUGCGCAGACUUCGGCGGGGUUAGUAUCCUUCUUUCUCUAUCUCUUUUGCUUCUUUGCACCGGCCUUCGGGCCUCUUGCCUAUCUAUUUAGCCUUUCUUUCCUGAACUGGCAGCUUACGUGCCCAAUUCAGCACUAAGCUAGACUCUAAGUUGGACGGGGGGCUUCAUACCUCAACUGUAAUCCGCAUUUGAG